AUUAGCAGCAGCUUAAACAAACUACCUGCGUAACAUGUAGCAAGAGCAGCAGGCUAUUUUACUUUACUUAAAAUGUCAGAAACUUUACCUCCGACUCGAGGGGGACUUCUGGAUUUCAGUCCGGUGAGGAGAGACGUCGCGAAUAAGGAGAACGAUGUUCCUGUUUUGAGUUUGAUUCAGUUUUCAAAGGCUCCUUUUGUGACUUUUGGGACCGUGAAGUUGGGGACCUCCAAGUCGGCUGUGUUGCGGAUUGAAAACCCCACAGAGGAUGCAGAAGCGGAGGUCAUUGUUGAGAAGAUCUCCUCCAGUAAAGGGUUUUCUGUGGACUACAACAGCUUCACGAUUCAGCCUGGGGGCUCGUUUGGUCUGACAGUAACCUGGACCCCAGCAGAGGAAGGAGGAAUCAGAGAGCUGCUGGUGUUCAAUGCCAAUGGAGUCCUCAAGCAUCAGGCUGUUCUGCUGGGGAGAGCAGAAGCUCCCAAAAAGAAAAAAAAAAGCUUAUGGGACACGAUCAAAAACAAAAGAGAGGGCGAGAAAGUAGCCGCACCCAGGAGGAAGAAGCCGGAACAACCGCUCAAGAUGUCGGCCAAUAAGACCUUCCAGGUGUCCCGAAAACCACAGUACAAACGGGAGAAGCCCCGCAGCCCCCUCGCCUCUCUCAACGAGGGCAAAGCUGUUCGAGAGCGAUCCCUCUCCAAGUACAGUCCCAUGAUGGACUACCCUCAGAAAGCAGAGGAGCAGGACACCUCUAAAUCCAACCAGAGGCAGCGGUCUCUGGCUUUGACGGACCAGGAGAACGUCCACCCUCACUCUCCUCUCGUCCUGCUCGUCCCAGCCGCCAAGCUGGCGGACUCGUCUGACACCCCGACGAGCAAUCCAGAAAACAAAGGUCUGCUGAGAAUGCUGAACAGGACGCUGUCCCCUAUCGGGACCCCGGAGAGGUUCAAGAAGCUCAUGCCUCAUAUUCAGUCAGACAGCCCAGCUCCUCUGAAGUCCGCGGCGGAUUCUGAAGAAGCCGACAGUGGGUUAACCGGGACCCCGGCUCUGACUUUGAAGGAUGCUCUCGCUCUUAUCGACUCCGAUCUGAGCCAUGUGAGCGCCAGUCCUCGGGACGCCAGCUCCAGCUGUGGGUUUUCAGAUUCACUGGAAUCAAAAAGUGUGAAUCACGGCUGCGCACCCGGGCUCAAAGCGUUGCCUGACAGCCCACCUGUGCACGAGUCCAAUGAGCCCAGACUUACCUUCUUUGUCAGCAAAGGGGUUGAUGUGUCGGCGGCGGAUACGGCAACAGAAAGGGUCAAAAAGGCUUCUUUUACCUCCGCCACGGUGAUUAAAAGCAAAGCUCCAGAGGAGACAAACUGCUCGAGUGGAAGGAAAAUAAAGAAGUCAAGGCGGAGGCUGUUGGAGAGAACUCUGGAGCUGUCAGGCAGCAGCAGCAGCAGCAGCCAAUCCGAGUCUGGAUCAGGAACUCCGAGUCUUCCUGUUAUAGAUCCAGAAGCCAACGGAAGGCCAAAAUCUGAAGCUGCCGACUCUCUAUGUGAUUACAGGAAUCAAACCUUCCCCAGCCUGACUCCUCGGCCCGACGGCUCUCCCACACCUGUCACCUUCCCCGUCACCUCCAUCGCAUCUUUGUCUCCUGCUCGCUUCUCCUUCCCUUCCACUCCACCGCCUCCUGCAGUCCCCGCUUCCAUCGCUUUAACCUUCACAGCUCCAUCGCCCUUGGGCUCAUCAUCUCCUCUCCAUCAGAACACCACAUCACACCGCAGCCCGCGUCAGCUCCCAACGGUUUUGCCGCCUCCGUGCGUUCAGGAAGACCAGUUUCCCGUUCAGAUGGCGUCGCAGAGCAUGAAGAGGAAGAGCGAGGAGUUUUUGAAAAGUGAUGCGAGGCCGCAGGAGGCCGGGAAGACGGAGCGGGUUAAGAGGAGCAGGGUGGUGGCGGCAAAAACGGAGUCGAUAAGAUCGCUCCAGGAGAGGAGGCAAGCGUCGCUGAGACAGCAGCAGAGUGCAGCAGGCUCCGUGCGCUCCAUGACGUCAUCCUCUCUAAAGACUGUGAGGUCUGCAGCUCCUGCCCAGGCAAAACAAUCGAGCUCCAAACUCACCUCCAGAGGUGCUACAUCUCUGAAGUCUUCUGGUGCUCGGUCUGUGAAGACGGCAAAGGUUGUUGCUGUGGCUCAGUCAAAGCUCACCUUUAUAAAGUCGGUGCAAACAGCCAUACCGAGACACCCGAUGCCGUUUGCCGCCAAGAACAUGUUUUAUGAUGAGCGGUGGAUCGAGAAGCAGGAGCGGGGCUUCACCUGGUGGAUCAACUACGUCCUGACCCCCGAUGACUUUAAAGUCAACACUGAAGUCAAAUUGAACGCCGUGUCCAUCGCCAUGGGCAGCGACCACAAGUUCAGCGUCCCUAAAGCCCCCACCAAAGAGGAGAUGUCUUACAGCACCUACACGGCCCGACGCAAGCUGAACCGCCUCCGACGCUCUGCCUGCCAGCUGUUCACCUCAGAGGCCAUGGUCAAAGCGAUCCAGAGGCUCGAGGUGGAGGUGGAGGCCAGGAGGCUGCUCGUCCGCAAAGACCGCCAUCUUUGGAAGGACAUAGGCGAGCGAGGGAAAGUCCUGAACUGGCUCCUCUCGUACAACCCGCUGUGGUUACGGAUCGGUCUUGAGACAAUCUUCGGGGAGUUGAUCUCUCUGGAGAGCAACAGCGACGCCCUGGGUCUGGCGCUGUUCAUCCUGCAGCGGCUGCUGUGGAACCCGGACCUCGCCGCUGAGUUCAGACACGCCAAAGUGCCUCACCUUUACAAAGACGGCCACGAGGAGGCGCUGUCUCGCUUCACGCUGAAGAAGCUGCUCCUGCUCGUGUGUUUUCUGGACAAAGCCAAAGAGUCUCGUCUGAUCGAACACAACCCCUGUCUGUUCUGUCAGGACGCAGAGUUCAAGACCAGUAAAGACCUCCUCCUGGCCUUCUCCAGAGACUUCCUGAGCGGGGAGGGGAUCCUCCCGCGGCACCUCGGCUACCUCGGGCUGCCCGUCUCCCACGUUCAGACGCCCCUGGACGAGUUCAACUUCGCGGUGAAGAAUUUAGCGGUCGACUUGAAAUGCGGGAUUCGUCUAGUACGUGUGAUGGAGCUCCUCGUGCAGGACUGGAGUUUGUCAGCCAAACUCCGCAUGCCGGCCAUCAGCCGCCUGCAGAAAGUCCACAACGUCGAUUUGGCUUUGCAGCAGCUCAAGAGCAAAGGGGUGGACCUGAAGGAUGAACACGGGGCGGCCAUUGAUGCCAGAGACAUCGUGGAUGGACACAGAGAGAAAACUCUGAGCCUACUGUGGAAAAUCAUCUUUGCAUUUCACGUGGAGGUCAUUUUGAACGAGGAUCAGCUGAGGGAGGAAAUCUGCUUCCUGAACAGAAGCUUUCGGACCAAACUGAGGCUGGCGUCCCUUAAAGCGGACCGGGGUCUUCAGUCGAGUCCUGCAGGGACUCGGUCGGCGUACGAGCACAGCAGCACUAAGAUCACUCUGCUCAUGGAGUGGGUCCGAGCGGUGUGUGACUUCUACAGCCUGAAGGUGGAGAACUUCACAGUGACGUUCUCGGACGGCCGCGUCCUCUGCUACCUCAUCCACCACUACCACCCCGGCGUCCUGCCCGCGCAGGCUGUCAGUCACAGCACCACCCAGACGGUGGAGUGCUCACGGAGGGGGCGACUGGAGCUCGACUGCUCCGCCAGCGACUCGGACAACUCCUUCGACUACCCGCCAGAAGGCCACAACGGCAUCGGCUCUCCGUCGGUUGAAUUCAAAGAGCUGCUGGAAAAUGAGAAAAACAACUUCAGGCUGGUCAACACGGCCGUGUCUUUCCUGGGCGGAGUCCCCGCCAUGAUCAACCCGGCCGACAUGUCCAACACCAUCCCCAACGAGAAGGUGGUCAUGUCGUACCUGUCCUUCCUGUGCGCUCGUCUUCUCGACCUGAGGAACGAAACCAGAGCAGCUCGGGUCAUUCAGGGCGCCUGGAGGAAAUACAGACUGAAGAAAGAUCUGCAGCUGUACAAGGAAAGAAACAUGGCUGCUGGGAAAAUCCAGUUACUUGUGAGGAGUUUUCUGCAGAGGCGCCGAGCUCAGAGGCAGAACGAAGCAGCCGUUCUCAUCCAGUCGCUCUGGAGAGGCUACGCUGCCCGACACAGGAUGAGGCUCCAAAAAGAGGCUCAACUUCGGACUCUGCAGCACAACGCAGCGACUGUCAUCCAGACUCAGUGGAGGAUGUUUUCGACCAUGAGGGCUUACCAGCGCCUCAGAUACUACACCAUUGUUGUCCAAGCACAAUGGCGGAUGAGCAGGGCGGCCUCAGCAUACAGAAAGGUCCACUGGGCGACCACUGUCCUUCAGACGCACUCCCGAGCUCUGGCCUUGGGAAGAAAAGAUCGCGAACACUACCUCUCUCUUCGAGCUGCAGCCGUGAAAAUACAGAGAGGGUACAGGAGGUGGAAAGCUGAGAAAACCUCAAAGGAAGAUCGUGCUGCCCAAGUGAUACAAGCUGUGUUCAAGAAAUGGUACGAGGGGAAAAUGGCUGAAAAAAACGCUGCCGCUGUUCGCAUUCAGUCCUGGUAUAGGAUGCAGACAUGUCUCCGUCAGUAUAGGGAGAUCAGGAGAAGUGCGGUGCUCAUCCAAGCCCGGUACAGAGGCCACGCGCAGAGACGCUGCUUUCAGAAGUUGAAGCUGCAACACCGCUCUGCUGCCGUCAUUCAGAGUGCCUUCAGAGGCCACGCUGUCAGGAAGCAGGUGGUGAGGAUGAGAUGUGCUGCGGUCUUAAUCCAGCGUUGGUUCAGGGCCUCUGCGGAAAGAGACGCGGAGAGGCGAUUGUUUGUGAGGUUGAGACGUGCCGCCAUCACCAUACAGGCGGCUUAUCGUGGUAAAGUGGCUCGGGAGUCCCUGAGACAACAGCACAAGGCAGCGACGGCGAUCCAGGCAGCUUUUAGGAAAUAUGCUGCCCAAAGGCGCUACCUCCGUUUGAGGAAAGCUGCGUGUGUGAUGCAGGAAAAGUACAGAGCCACGGUCUUGGCUCGUAAGACAAAGGAGGAUUACGACGCUCUCAGGCAUGCCGCUCUCACUUUACAAGCUAAAUGGAGAGGCAGAGCUGACAGGAAGAGGAUCGAGAAGUGGCAUCGCUGUGCAACACUGAUACAAGCUUACUACCGUCGGCACAAAGCGAAAACAGAGUACAGGUCCCAGAAGGCAGCUGCUGUCCUCAUACAGCGUCAUUACAGAGCUCAUGUGGCCGGACAGGAGACGAGGAAAGCAUACCUACACGUGAGAGCGGCCUGUGUUACUCUCCAAGCUAUGUUCAGAGGCAUGAGAGUCAGGGCGGAGUUGAAGAAACAACACCUGGCAGCGACCGUUAUUCAGUCUUCAGUCAGGAUGUUUUUAUGUAGGAAACAAUAUUUCCUCCAGCAGAGUGCUGCGAUAAUCAUCCAAAGCCGAUACAGAGCUCUUCUAAUGUGCAGGGCGCAGCAAAACAAAUACAGCGAAAUAAAGCAGGCGGCCUUAAAGAUUCAAUCUGUCUACCGGGGAUUCAGAGUAAGACGAGACCUGAAGAGGAGGCACACCGCUGCCCGAGCAAUCCAAGCUCAGUUCAGGAUGCACAAAAUGCGCAUGGCAUAUCUCGCCACCAAGUGUGCUGCCAUCAUUAUUCAGGAACGCUACAGGGCCAAAAUGCUCAGGGACCAACAGAUGCAGACGUUCAGAGGCUUGAAAUCUGCAGCUGUCGUCAUUCAGGCAGCGUAUCGAGGCCACGUGGCCAGGAGGAAGAUCACACGGCUGCACCGAGCAGCCACAAUCAUCCAGAGAAAGUUUUUCACUGUUAGAGAGAGAAAAAGAUUCCUAGCUCUCAAGGCUGCAGCUCUGGUCUGUCAGCGCAGGUACAGGUUAGUGAUCCUGGCAACAAAUGACCGUUUAGACUACAUAUCAAAGCGUAGAGCGGUCGUUUGUUUGCAGGCAGCGUUCAGGGGGUGGCGGAUAAGGAAGCAGUUGCGUAUCCAGCAUGCCGCAGCUUUAAUCAUUCAGUCUUACUUCCGAAAGUACCAGCAGAGAAGCUACUACAGGAGGCUCAGCUGGGCUGCAAAUGUGUUGCAAGCACGUUUCAGAGCCAACAAGAAAAUGAGAACAGAGAUGCAAGUACUGAGUGCAAAGAGGAGCGCUGCCGUCGUCUUACAGGCCGCCUUCCGUGGGAUGAAAUCCAGACAAAUAAUCACACAAAGACAUCAGGCUGCUGGUGUUAUUCAGAGAGCUUACAGAGCCCACUGUGAACACAAGCAGUAUCUGACCUUAAAGUCCUCCGUCCUCACCAUCCAGCGGAGAUACCGGGCCUCUGUAGCAGCAAAGGAACAAACGCUAAAUUAUCAAAACAUGCGCAGAUCUGCUGUGGUCCUUCAGGCAGCUUUCAGAGGACAGCAGGUCAGGAGGGAGGUUACUCGCUGGCAUCAGGCCGCAACUGUCAUACAGUCUGUGUUCAGAAAACACAGAGAAGAAGUUAAAUACAAGGCCGUGCUCCUGUCUGCCGUCAUCAUCCAGAGAUACUAUCGGGCCUGCAUUCUGCAGAGAAACGAGAGACAACAAUUCCUUAAAAUGAAAUACUCUGCCAUCGUCCUUCAGGCGGCCUUCAGAGGUCAUCAUGUGAGAAGCGGUGUUGCGAAGAUGAACAGAGCAGCGACUAUCAUUCAAGCAAACUACAGGAGGCAUAAACAUCAGUCAGCCUUCAGGAGACAGCUCUGGGCAGCCUGUGUCUUACAGCAGAGGUUUAGAGCUCAGAGACAGAGAAACACUGAGAAGAAACAUUAUCAAGAGGUGAGGAGAGCUGUCGUUGUGUUACAGGCGGCAUACCACGGAAUGAAAUCAAGACAAAUCAUCAAACAGAAGCAACAGGCUGCUGGUGCAAUUCAGAGAGCUUACAGAGCCCACUGUGAACACAAGCAGUAUCUGACCUUAAAGUCCUCCGUCCUCACCAUCCAGCGGAGAUACCGGGCCACUGUAGCAGCAAAGCAACAAACGCUAAAUUAUCAAAACAUGCGCAGAUCUGCUGUUGUCCUUCAGGCAGCUUUCAGAGGACAGCAGGUCAGAAGGGAGGUUACUCGCUGGCAUCAGGCCGCAACUGUCAUACAGUCUGUGUUCAGAAAACACAAAGAAGAAGUUAAAUAUCAGGCAAUGCGUCUGUCUGCAAUCAUCAUCCAGAGAUACUAUCGGGCCUGCAUUCGGCAGAGAAACGAGAGACAACAAUUCCUUAAAAUGAAACACUCUGCCAUCGUCCUUCAGGCGGCCUUCAGAGGUCAUCAUGUGAGAAGCGGUGUUGCGAAGAUGCACAGAGCAGCGACUAUCAUUCAAGCAAACUACAGGAGGCAUAAACAUCAGUCAGCCUUCAGGAGACAGCUCUGGGCAGCCUGUGUCUUACAGCAGAGGUUUAGAGCUCAGAGACAGAGAAAGACUGAGAUGAAACAUUAUCAAGAGGUGAGGAGAGCUGUCGUUGUGUUACAGGCGGCAUACCAUGGAAUGAAAUCAAGACAAGUCAUCAAACAGAAGCAACAGGCUGCUGGUGUUAUACAAAGAGCAUACAGAGCCUGCACUGAGCGGAGACAGUAUUUGAAACUGAAAAUGUCUGUCCUCACCAUUCAGCAGAGGUAUCGGGCCACUGUAGCAGCGAAAGCUCAAAGAAGCCAAUACCUGAAUAUGCGCAAAGCAGCAGUCACCCUUCAGGCAGCUUUCAGAGGACAGCAGGUCAGGAGGGAGGUUACUCGCUGGCAUCAGGCCGCAACUGUCAUACAGUCUGUGUUCAGAAAACACAGAGAAGAAGUUAAAUACAAGGCCAUGCUCCUGUCUGCAAUCAUCAUCCAGAGAUACUAUCGGGCCUGCAUUCUGCAGAGAAAAGAAAGGAACCAGUUUCUCAAAAUGAAACACUCUGCCAUCGUCCUUCAGGCGGCCUUCAGAAGUCAUCAUGUGAGAAGCGGUGUUGCAAAGAUGCACAGAGCAGCGACUGUCAUUCAAGCAAACUACAGGAGGCAUAAACAUCAGUCAGCCUUCAGGAGACAGUGCUGGGCAGCCUGUGUCUUACAGCAGAGGUUUAGAGCUCAGAGACAGAGAAAGACUGAGAUGAAACAUUAUCAAGAGGUGAGGAGAGCUGUCGUUGUGUUACAGGCGGCAUACCAUGGAAUGAAAUCAAGACAAGUCAUCAAACAGAAGCAACAGGCUGCUGGUGUUAUACAAAGAGCAUACAGAGCCUGCACUGAGCGGAGACAGUAUUUGAAACUGAAAAUGUCUGUCCUCACCAUUCAGCAGAGGUAUCGGGCCACUGUAGCAGCGAAAGCUCAAAGAAGCCAAUACCUGAAUAUGCGCAAAGCAGCAGUCACCCUUCAGGCAGCUUUCAGAGGACAGCAGGUCAGGAGGGAGGUUACUCGCUGGCAUCAGGCCGCAACUGUCAUACAGUCUGUGUUCAGAAAACACAGAGAAGAAGUUAAAUACAAGGCCAUGCUCCUGUCUGCAAUCAUCAUCCAGAGAUACUAUCGGGCCUGCAUUCUAAAAAGAAGAGACAGAGAGAACUUCCUGAAAGUAAAACAGUCUGCCAUCAUCCUUCAGGCACAUUUCAGAGGCUGCUGUGUUAGGAGGGACUUUAAGCGACAAAAGCAGGCCGCCGUUGUGAUCCAGUCACGCUGGAGGUGUUUGGUGCAGAAACACGACUUCAUGAGGAAGCGGGAGGCGGCGUUGAUUCUCCAGCGGAGGGUCCGGGCGCUGCAGCUCGGCAGGUUGGAGAGGAACAACUAUGUCCAAUUGAGGCGAGCUGCCAUCACAUUUCAGACUCACUGCAGAGCCUGGAUCGCCAGACAGCAGGCAUUGGAGGAAGCCAGAGCAGAGAGGAGGCUUCGUUUUACAUCCGCACUCUUCCACCAUCUCAGUGCCAUAAAGAUCCAGAGAGCUCUAAGAGCUCACUGGGCUUUAGAGUCGGCCAAAAGACAAAUCCAUUGUGUCGUCACCAUACAGCGAUGGGUGAGAGCGAAGCAGCAGAGGAGACGGUAUCUGGAGGAGCGGAGGAAGGUGGUCACAGCCCAGAGAGCCGCCCAGCGCUGGUUGGCUCGUCGCCACAAAGCCGCGUCCGUCCUCCAGCAGGCCGUCCGCAGGUUUCUCCUUCUCAGGAGGCAGAAGAGGGUUCAGCAGGGCAUUGUCAAAGCUCAGGCUCUUUGGAGAGGACACCGUUCCCGCCGCCUGAACGACAACCCCAAGGUGGUGGCGUUAAGGCACCGCCUGCGCAAAGUCUCCGCCGAGGUCCGAGAGGAAGACAAACUUCGCAACAAGACGUCGUCCGCCCUCGACUACCUCCUUCGAUACAAACACUUCUCCUACAUCCUAGAGGCCCUGAAGAACCUCGAGACGGCCACCAGACUGUCCCCGGAGUGCUGCGAGCAGCUGGUCGAGAGCGGCGCCACCAACGUCAUCUUCACGCUCAUCCGCUGCUGCAACAGGAGCGUCCCCUGCAUGGACGUCAUCACCUACUCCAUCCAGAUCCUCCUCAACCUCUCCAAGUACCACAAGACCGAGGCCGUGUACUCGGUGGAGAACUCAGUGGAGACUCUUCUGGACCUGCUGCAGAGAUACCGGGAAAAGGCCGGCGAUAAAGUGGCAGAAAAGGGCGGCAGCAUCUUCACCAAAGCCUGCUUCCUCCUCGCUCUCCUCCUGCAAGACAAACGCCGCGCCGUGGAGGUUAUGAAGCUUCCAAAGGUCCUGGACAAGAUCCGCAGUAUUUACCGCCUCACCGCACGCAAACACAAGAUGGACGCCGAAAGGACGGUGCUAAAACAAAAGAUGAACGCGUCAAUCAACGGGAGCUUUUAUGUUCCAGCGACGCCUCGCAAAUCCAAACCUCCGCCAAAGUUUGCGCCGGAUUGGGUUCUCAGAAAGGACAAGCUUAAAGAUAUUGUGGACCCUCUGCGAGCCAUUCAAAUGGUGGCUAACACACUGUCCAUUGUGUUGUAAAUAUUCAAGCUUUCAAAUCUGUAUUCAUCUCUUUUUUUUUACUUGAAGAAAAUAUUGUUUUAUGGAUUGUUUUAUCUCCUUUUUUUUU